UUACCGCGGCGGUCGCUGCGGCCCUUCCUCCACCCACCCCCGCCCCAACCCCGCGGCAUCCGGGCGCUGCGGGCCGAGUCGUACCAGCACCCGGCUCUCGGGACUGCGGCUUUCGUGACCCUCCCUGUACCGGAGCUGCCCGGGACAGCGCCGGGCCCCGCCUGUCGACAUGGGUAAGUCUUUUUCUCAUUUGCCUUUGCAUUCAAAUAAAGAAGAUGCCUAUGAUGGACUCACAUCAACCGAAAAUAUGAGGAAUGGAUUGAUCAGUAAUGAAGUUCAUAAUGAAGAUGGAAGAAGCGGAGAUGUCUCUCAGUUUCCUUAUGUGGAAUUUACAGGAAGAGAUAGUGUCACUUGUCCCACUUGCCAAGGAACCGGAAGAAUUCCAAGGGGACAAGAAAACCAACUGGUGGCAUUGAUUCCAUAUAGUGAUCAGAGAUUGAGGCCAAGAAGAACAAAGCUGUAUGUGAUGGCUUCUGUGUUUGUCUGUCUGCUUCUUUCUGGAUUGGCUGUGUUUUUCCUUUUCCCCCGCACUAUCGACGUGAAAUAUAUUGGUGUAAAAUCAGCAUUUGUCAGUUACGAUGACCAGAAGCGUGUGAUAUAUUUAAAUAUUACAAACACGUUAAACAUAACAAAUAACAAUUAUUAUUCUGUUGAAGUUGAAAACAUCACUGCACAAGUUCAGUUUUCUAAAACAGUGAUUGGAAAAGCACGCUUAAACAACAUUACCAAUAUCGGCCCAUUGGAUAUGAAACAAAUUGACUACACAGUACCUACUAUUAUAGCAGAAGAAAUGAGUUAUAUGUAUGAUUUCUGUACGCUGCCGUCCAUCAAAGUACAUAAUAUAGUACUUAUGAUGCAAGUUACUGUGACAACAACAUACUUUGGACACUCUGAACAGAUAUCCCAGGAGAGAUACCAGUAUGUUGAUUGUGGAAGGAACACAACUUACCAGUUGGGACAGGCUGAAUAUUUGAAUGUACUUCAGCCACAGCAGUAAAAGUUGAAAGAAAUCUAAUGAGAGACAAAACAUUGCUAUUUUCUGAACUUUCAAGGAUAAGGUACUUCCUAAUAGGAGAUACUAAAUUGAGCAAAUCUAAAGUUUACACUCCUGUUAAGAGUGUAGUUAAAAAUAAGUGGUUUGCAGUUAUUGCAACUCUCCUUUCUGUGUUUAUGAUAAUUGUAGCAGGAUUUUUUACUUGAAUUUAAAUUUGCAGAUUGUUGUUCUUCUUGUCCGCAGAGGGGAAAACUGAAAUUUUCCCUAUAGACAACUCAUAUUUGUUGCAAGUUCACUGCACUACAUAAAGUUCAGUCACUACAUAAAGCAUCAUUUUAGUAAACAUAAUUUGAGAAACUUUAUUUUUGAAUGAUUUUAUAGAAUACAAUUGAGAAGUCUUUAUGGAAGACUGUUAAAAGAUAACCUUUUUUCCCUGUUUUAUAAAUUCCCAAUACUUCAUGAUAGUGCUUUCACUUCAUGCGUUUUUAGCUUUUAGCUAAUAAACACUUUGUUUUUCACUUAACUGAAAUGCUGUUCAUUUACAUGUUGUCAGUCUUAGUUCAAGCCAGUGCUUGCCUAACACUUGUAAAUCAAAAUAAUCUUCACAAAUUUCUUUACCUAAACUUUUUAAAAAUACCUGAAUAAUGUAUUAUAUGUCUUUCCACGUUAGUUAUAAUUUUAUCAAAUUUUUCUGUAAUCUUUGAUCAUUUAAUGUACAAUACUGUAAAUAAACUGCAUGCCUUUUAUACGGCUUUAAUAAAUAGCACAUAAAGUAGUUUAGAUUCAAAAUUAAGUUGCUUAUAAAGUUAACUAAAUAAGAAUGAAAUUCAGAAACCUAUAGAAUGUGAAUAUGGUUCCAGUUACUUAAUGAAUCAGGUAUAAAUUAGAUUUGAAAAAAUAUAUUUUGAUGCUCCACUUUUUAUUCUUGGUUUUCAUACUAAAGAAUUGUGAGAAACAGUUUAUACAAUUAUUAGUUACCCACUUCAUCAAUUUUAUGAAUGUUUUAGAGUAAUAAAUUAUUUUUGGUAGAAAUUAUUCAAGAAAUCUUGUCGUUAUAUUAUACUGGUUUUAUCCAAGUAAAACCUUUAUCUGUUUUUAAACUUUUAUUUACUUUGACAUUACCUAAAUAUCAUGCCUCUAGCAGUUACAUUUUUAAAGUUUUCUACUUUUGGUUUGGAAUUUACUUAAGGUUUUUUUCAAAAAUAAGUUAUGAACUUUGCUGUUUUAUGUUUGCAAAACCAUUUUCUAUUUAGACUGUUUUACCUUCUCACUUACCAAGUUCCAAAUGCUUAUAAAAUAUCUAUUACUGAGCAUAGGAUCUGACUGUGAUAUACCAAAAAAAAAAAAAAGUAUAAGUGACUUGAGAUUAAUUUAUUUCUCUUUCCUGGUGACAGAAAUGAAGUCCUCACCCCACCCUGCUUUCCCAAAGUGCCUAAUUUAAAUCUGAAAAAUACCCACUUACCAGUUUGACUCUUAGUUAUAAAACAAGUUGUUAAAGUCCUACUGCCUUUGAAUAUACUCAGGUUUCUAUUGAGCUCUCUUUCCAAGUGAGCAUUUUAAGUGAGUAUAAUGCAUUCUUUCACUACUUAGUCUCCCUUUAAUCUGUUCUUGGCGCAUCCAUUCUUACUAUUAAAUGAAAGUCAUCCCUUUGUUAUAUUUUCUCCUCAGACUCAGCCUUUCAGUUUUCACCCCCCUUCCCACCACUGCUGUCUCUUAACUGUUUCUUUCUUCUUGAACUACUAGUGUAUUGAUUCUGUUUGUAUUUUUAGAUCAUUCUCAUUUUUCCAUCAUCCUCUUUUAAAUUUUUCUUAAGUUUUCAUACUGAUAUUUAUUGAGGUAAAAUAAAAUAUUUUCCAGAUUGAUCUUUUAAUGAUGAUGUAGAACCCAUUCUUGUCAAAGUUUCUACUCCUGUGCUAUCAACAAUCACUCAUACAUUAAGGCUUCCAAACCUCUUUAAUAUACCUAAUCAGUGACAUAUCUAGUUCUUCAUAUAUCAUAGUAACCUAGAGAUAGUUCAGUGACUAACAUUGAAAAACAUUGCUAAAAAAUGAUUUUGAUAUGUUCUACUUGUCCUCAUGCCCCCUUUACUGCAAAAUUAAUUUCUUCAAAAUCAUCUUUCAAGUAUACUUUAUUGGAAAAUCCUAAUUUAUUCUCUUUUACAUACUUUCAACCCUGGAAAAUUAUAUAGCAUAAAUUGUUAACCAUCUUGUUUUCCCUUUGUAAUAUAAUCUAUUUUGAGUUGGAUAUAUUUUGUCAUUAUUGCUAAAGAGGUGGGUAAGUGAGAGAAUACUUGCCUUCCGUGACUUAAUUUUGAAAUUUUUCUUCAUUCUUUUGACUCUAUUACACGUAUUUUAAGUGGAGUUUUUCAGCAAAUAAACUAAUAUAUAAAACAAAAUACCAGUAUUAAAUAAAUUGAUCCCAUAUGAUUACUUUUAGACAAGUAACUGAUUAGAAUAAAGCAGGCUGUAAAUUAAUAGAAAUUUUUUUAAAAACAUGGUAGGGUAAAGUAGAUUUGUUGCUAAUUUUAAAGAAAGAAUUAAUAAGACUAAUUUUUCCUGAGUCCAUUUUUACAUGGUAAUAAAUUUGGAACCCAUGCUUUAUCUAAAAAAACUGCACUCAAACCUUACCUAGAGGACAUUGAUGAAGAUGUGUAAGAGUUUCUUUGACUCUUCCAAAAAUAACUUUCUCUCAAGUUACAUCUUAAAUAAAAUGUUUAUUCUGUCUAAAUCCAGUACUAUAACAAGCCCUCUGUGUGUUAAUAUACACACUGUAUAUAACACGCUGUCCUUUUCAUAGUUUUCUUGGGUGUUUUUCUCAUGAUUUUUCGUAGUUCUUAGAGUGAGAGAGGAUGAUAGCAUCCUCACCUUUCAAAGAGUAAGGAGACGCAUGAGAAGUUGAAUACUUGCUGAAGAUCACAUACUUAUUAGUAAAUAGUUCCUUUGGGACCAGAGCAGUACUUUCUGGUGUUGUUUGUUUUUAUCUCCCAUAUUUGCUCUUAUCAUUUACUGUAUGCAUGGAAAAGUUUGGCAGUUCCUAUUGUCUUAGUAUUAUUGAAAGUUAAAGAAAUUGCUCACCCAGUUCACAUAGUUACAAUAAAAAUUAAUCUCUGAUGAAUAGGAAACUAAAUCGGUAACUGAAAUAUUUUUAAUGGGAAUUGAACACAUGUAAAAUACUGUAGAGCAGUGGUAUUUGAGCUCCAGUUUGAAGGGGUAAAAAGAUUGAAAAUCACUGAUCUUACCGUGAUGGUUAACUGCUGGUCCAUGAACUGGUACGUAGGUUGGUGCCAGUUCUCAGAUAUGAAAAAGGUUGAAAAACACUUUUGUAAACAUAAUCUAUAGCUUAAUUUUUCUUCUAAAAUUUAGGAUCCUUGAUCAUUUCAAUAAAUAUAGGUGAUAUCAGAGUAGAUUAUUUAUAAACAAUAGAGAAAAUUGUAUUUGAGAUUUUAAAGAACACUGAAAAUAUUUGAUACCAAAUAAAUUUAAGUUGAUGACUAUCUUUAUUAGAGUACACAUACUUAAAUGCUUGUGAUUUUAUUUAUGCUCAGUAUUCUGUGCCUUUAUUGUUUUUUCAGGUCAGUAAAGUGAUUAUUUUUUGUAAAAAUCCAUGGCAAGAAAGUAUAUUUAAGAUCUUCAGAGUUGUAACUUGGAAAUAACACAGCUAUGAUAUUAAAAUAGGAAAUGAUGCCCUAAGACAAUUAAGGCAACUAAGGAGACUUCAACCACUUUUCCAUGAGUCCUUUGUGGUUCUCAGCCACAUUUUAGCAGUUCUCAUUUUUGCAGUAUAAUGGAUGCAAUAAAGGAUGUUUGGGUAUAACCUUAGCUUUCUUCCACCCUGUUUUGCAUUUUAAAUAGUUGUUUAUGAUAAUGAUUGUCUUAAUUUGAAAAUAAAUACUUGACUCACAAGUCAGUCAGUCACUGCUCAGUAUAGCUAGUAGCUGAUAUCUACUGGUUACUUACUAUGUCAGAUAUCAUACUAAACUUACUAUCAAUAUCUUAUUCUUCAGAAGAACCCUCAGAGGUUAACCUUAGAGGUCUAUUAUUAUUUUCCCUAUUUCAGACCUAAAGAAAUCGAGUUUUAGAGAAGUUAAGACAUAAGCUUGUAAGUGGCAGAUUCAAAAUUCCAACCAGAUCUCUUUGACUUAUUAUUGUAAAAACAGUUGGCAUAUUUUCUUUCUAGUCUUUAAAUGGUAUCAUUUAUAAAAAUAAUUUGUUCCAUUAAUAUAAGACUGAGGUUUUGAUAGUAUUUUCAAAAAUACUGCUAGCAUAGUUUAUUAUUAUUAUAGGUAUUUGGUAUAAAAAUGUGUAUUACUGAUUUUUUUUCAACUAACCAUAAGGAGCUGUUAGAAAUUUUUCGUUUGAAAUAUUUUAAAUUUACAAAAUACAUGCCAGUUUUCUUGAAUAAGCAGUAUGAAUUGAAUUUGAAAUUAGUAGUUUAUAAGCCAAAAUGUACUCAUAAUAAUGAUUUUUAAAUCAGCAAUACCUGAAAAAGCAACUACUUGGCUCAAAUCUAAGGGUAAUUUUUUUUCCCUUUUUUUUGUAAAAUCGGAUUUUAGAUAUGUUGUUUCAAACUUUUAAAAGAAAAAAUAUGUGCUUGGAAAGAUGGGAGGUGGGGUAAAUAAACAACAGCAUUAUUUCUUUUCAAAGUUAUUUUUUAUUAAAAUAUAUUUGCAAUGGACUUCAAUAUGAAAAAUCACUCAAUAUUUACUUAUUUCAAAGAAAAAUUCAUGUAAUCUGGAAUUUUUGAUUAGAACUAUUUGUGUGUUUUUUGUGCUUAGAAUAUAAAUAUAUCAGAUUUUUAAAUUUAUUCUUAAUUAGGAUAAAAGCAAGUAAUAUUUAUAAUUUUAAUAUAGUGAUAAAAAUUAUGAUUUUCAUUUAAAAAUUCUGAUUACAUUUGUAGUUCUUACAUAUGAUUAGCGCAGUCUCUGAGUUAGAAAAUACAUUUUGGUCUGUAUUGACUCAAAAUAUUACAUAAAUUAGCAGAUAUAUGGAAAGUUUUCGUAGCAAAAUCUUACUCUUAUAGAAGGAAAUUGUUGCCUUCUGUGUAAUUACAUUAAUUGAAAUGUGUUUAUGAGAAAUGUUUUCAGCAUAUUUUGUAUACUAAAAAAACAAAAAGGAUUAGUAUUGGGCCAAUGGCCAAGAGGUACUAUUACUACCAUGUAGACUGUUACAGUUCAAAUUGUCCCACUUCCCCCAGAAUUUUAGAAACUAGAAGUCUGGGAGAUACUGUAUCAGCUGUAGUUGGGUGAUUCUAAGUGCUGUAAGUACUAUUCAUAUUUUAAAUGCCAAGUUGCAAAAGAUGCAUAAUUUCAUUAUGUAAUGUUUUGUUUAAGGCAUAAAGUAUCAGCAAGCCAUGCCUUGUAUAUUUUGCUUAUCUUUCCUUGUAUACAAAGUUAAAUAAGGCUUUGUAAUAUUAUUUAAAAUGCUUGCUGACUUGACCUACUUGGUCAGCUAUUUGAAUGAUGGUAUAAAUGGGUAGAUUCUGACCCUUGAGUCUUAGUUUUGGGGGAAAAAAAGUAAUAAAGUCUGUGAGACAGUAUUUGGGCACUUCAUUUAUAUUGUAUAGUGAUCUCCAUCAUAACAUACUAAAUUUCUGAGUUCAUCAGUUCUGUAAUUGUAACUAUUGUUGCUGUUUAUAUAGUGAAACAUGCUUAUGAUUGUAAUAAGUGAGUGGAAAUGUCCCCAAAUGCUGUUUUUUUUUAAAAAAGAAAGUUGUAACCAUUACCCUUGAACUGUGUAUGACAGAAUAAAAUUUGUAGAAAUUUUAGCAUGAAAAAUAAAAUUUAUAACAUGAAA